GACGCAGGCGCCAUUUUGUGAAGUGGCCGUACCCCGCUGGAGAGUCCGAGGCGGAAAGCCGCUACUGCUGCUUCGUCUGGGGGAAAAAAAACAGCACUGGAACCUUUUGGAGCAGUGUGCUAGAUCUUCAGCAGAACAUGGGUUCAGACAAACGAGUGAGUAGAACGGAACGCAGUGGAAGGUAUGGCUCCAUCGUAGACAGGGAUGAGCGCGAUGAGCGUGACUCCAGGAGCCGGCGGAGGGACUCAGACUACAAGAGGCCAAGUGAGGACCGGCGGGCCGACCGAUACGACGACUACCGGGACUACGACAGCCCUGAGAGAGAACGCGAAAGAAGGAACAGUGACCGAUCCGAAGAUGGCUACCAUUCAGAUGGCGACUAUGGCGAGCACGACUACAGGCAUGACAUAAGUGACGAGAGGGAGAGCAAGACCAUCAUGCUGCGUGGCCUUCCCAUCACCAUCACGGAGAGCGACAUUCGAGAAAUGAUGGAGUCCUUUGAAGGCCCUCAGCCUGCAGACGUGAGGCUGAUGAAGAGGAAAACAGGUGUAAGCCGUGGUUUCGCCUUCGUGGAGUUUUAUCACUUGCAAGAUGCUACCAGCUGGAUGGAAGCCAAUCAGAAAAAGUUGGUCAUUCAAGGAAAGCACAUUGCAAUGCAUUAUAGCAACCCCAGACCUAAAUUUGAAGACUGGCUUUGUAACAAGUGCUGCCUUAACAAUUUCAGGAAAAGACUAAAAUGCUUCCGAUGUGGAGCGGACAAGUUUGACUCUGAACAGGAAGUGCCCCCUGGGACCGCGGAGUCGGUGCAGUCUGUGGAUUACUACUGUGACACGAUCAUACUUCGGAACAUAGCCCCCCACACCGUGGUGGACUCCAUCAUGACAGCGCUGUCUCCCUAUGCAUCCUUGGCUGUCAACAACAUUCGCCUCAUAAAAGACAAGCAGACGCAGCAGAACAGAGGCUUCGCGUUUGUGCAGCUGUCCUCCGCAAUGGACGCCUCUCAGCUGCUUCAGAUACUGCAGAGUCUCCAUCCUCCUCUGAAAAUUGAUGGCAAAACUAUUGGGGUGGAUUUUGCCAAAAGUGCCAGAAAAGACUUGGUCCUCCCAGAUGGUAACCGGGUCAGCGCCUUCUCUGUGGCUAGUACAGCCAUUGCUGCCGCCCAGUGGUCAUCCACCCAGUCUCAGAGUGGGGAAGGCGGCAGCGUUGACUACAGUUACCUGCAGCCGGGCCAAGAUGGCUAUGCCCAGUACACGCAGUACUCACAGGAUUACCAGCAAUUUUACCAGCAACCAGCAGGAGGACUGGAAUCCGACCCACCGUCCGCACCCGGCACAGCGGUGACCACGACCUCAGCAGCUGUAGUGUCCCAGAGUCCCCAGCUAUACAAUCAGGCUUCCAAUGUGCCCAGCUCUCCGCAAAGCUGCUGUUCUUUCCAGACCGAGGAAGCACAGCCUAGUGCCAGCACCAGUGCACAGCCCCCAGCCGCUGCCCCUGUGGGUGUAGUCCCUGGCACCAAAUACGCGGUGCCCGACACAUCCACGUACCAGUAUGACGAGUCUUCAGGGUACUACUACGAUCCCACCACAGGGCUAUACUACGACCCCAACUCGCAGUACUACUACAACCCCUCGACCCAGCAGUACCUUUACUGGGACGGGGAGAAGGAGACCUACGUGCCGGCUGCGGAGGCGGGCUCCCACCAGCAGGCCGGCCUGCCCCCUGCCAAGGAGGGGAAGGAGAGAAAGGAGAAACCCAAGAGCAAGACAGCCCAGCAGAUCGCCAAAGACAUGGAACGCUGGGCUAAGAGUUUAAAUAAGCAGAAAGAAAAUUUUAAGAACAGUUUUCAGCCCGUCAGUUCCUUGAGAGAAGAAGAAAGGAGAGAAUCCGCUGCGGCAGACGCUGGCUUCGCUCUGUUUGAGAAGAAGGGGACCUUAGCCGAAAGGCAGCAGCUCAUCCCAGAACUGGUGCGAAAUGGAGACGAGGAGAAUCCGCUCAAGAGGGGCCUGGUUGCUGCCUACAGUGGCGAUAGUGAUAACGAAGAGGAGCUGGUGGAGAGACUUGAGAGCGAGGAAGAGAAGCUGGCCGACUGGAAGAAGAUGGCCUGCCUGCUCUGCCGGCGGCAGUUCCCAAACAGAGACGCCCUGGUCAGGCACCAGCAGCUCUCAGACCUGCACAAGCAAAACAUGGACAUCUACCGACGGUCCAGGCUGAGCGAGCAGGAGCUGGAAGCCUUGGAGCUGAGGGAGAGAGAGAUGAAGUACCGGGACCGGGCCGCAGAGCGGCGAGAGAAGUACGGCAUCCCAGAGCCCCCAGAGCCCAAGCGCAAGAAGCAGUUUGACGGUGGCACUGUGAAUUACGAGCAGCCCACCAAGGACGGCAUCGACCACAGUAACAUUGGCAACAAGAUGCUGCAGGCCAUGGGCUGGCGGGAAGGCUCGGGCCUGGGCCGCAAAUGCCAGGGCAUCACGGCCCCCAUUGAGGCCCAAGUGCGGCUAAAAGGAGCUGGACUGGGAGCCAAAGGCAGUGCCUACGGCCUGUCGGGUGCGGACUCCUACAAAGACGCCGUCCGGAAGGCCAUGUUUGCCCGAUUCACGGAGAUGGAGUGAGACUCGGGGUGGGGGGCGCUCUGAAGACAUGGGGCCCCCGCCUCAACCUGCUGUCUUGCCUGUCCCUUCCAGGACGCACCUUGUGCUAUGGUCAAGGUCUUAGGGGAACCACCUCAUGCUGCAAGGAGGCCCUUGUGUGGGCUGCGUGCUGGGUGGCCAGCCUGCCUGUCGGAGGGCUCGCGGGCUGGCCGAGGGGCAGUGGCUCUGUUAUCCUCAGUGUACAUAGUGUAGCGCAGCGAGUGUACAUUGUAGCCCACGUCAUGGCUCCUCAGCCCUUGCAUCCCUACAGCUGUGGGGGUGCCCCAGCCAGCCUGUUACAUCCGAGUUGCCUCCAUUUGUUGCUGUGCUGUCUUUUCUUGGCAACUGCCUUGUGUAUAUUUGUAUAUGACACGUUUGUACAGAAUUUUGGAAGAUUUUCAGUCUAGUUACCAAAUCUGGCUCCUUUACAGAAGAAAUACCUUGAAAAAUAA